GCGUUCAAUACUUCGACUAGUCUAAGUAUCGUGCGAAAGCUACGGUACGGUCAAAGCGAAGCAGUUAAGGUGGAAGAUCAUUGAAGGAAUUGCAAGUGUGAAAAGGCUUUUAUCGAAAAUAAUAGUGAAUCGAUCGAAACCCACUAACCACUCUAAUAUUAAAUAACAAAAAAACAAACAAACAGUGUACCAACAAAUUUUUAAAUCUAUCAAUCAGAAGAAACAAACAAUUAAAGUGAUAUUAAAACAAAUAAACAACAAAUUACAUUUACGUACAUAUGUACAUGCUCAAGUUCAUACCGUGUUCCCUAGAAGUAACAAUUUAAAACAAAACAACAAAAAACAAAAAGAAUAUGUGUCAAAACUCCGGUCCCGGUAUGCAAAGUGAUCAAAUUCGAAAAUUCAUAGAGCAUGGAAUGCCCGAGAAAAUUGUAAAGACGGUGCAGUAUACAAUUCGGAAACGGGCUGCUGCACAAAACUCCCACAACGCCAACAACACCAACAUGGAUGCACAUAAUAAAGGCGAUGUCAAUGCCAUGAAUGCACUCCCUGCGGAGCCGUCUAAAACUUUAGGCAUUCCUCGCAUGUGCGGCCGUUUCCGUAAUCAAACAACGAAGCCCGGUGCUUCAUUGCAGGACAAAAUCACAAACAUCGGAGCUGCAGGUGCCGAAGAGAUUCGAGGUAGCAAAGCUCAAGGCGAUAUGGACGCACUCGCCGUGACAACUGAAAUGACGAAACACUUCGUGCAACGAAUGUACGGCAUUGUGGAAAAAAUGCAAAACAGCAAAUUAUAUAAAUUGCUGACGAGAACAACGCAACCAGCCCACUUAAUUGCCGUCUGCGUGCUGACAUUUGUUACUUUCACAGUGUGGCCAGAUAUAGUCGACACCCGCAACGCCUCCACUAACACAGACUCGGAAGAAGCUUCAACUUCAAGCGAUCGCCGAACUCAACGUCAUAAUACUUUGGCUGCAAUCGCAUACUUAGGCGCAUUCGCCACGCAUUUUGGUGCUCAGAUAUGGAUGACAUUCAUCUCAGGCUUAUCAUUAUAUUUCUCGUUGCCACGGCAUAUUUUUGGACAAUGUCAACAGAUUCUGUUCCCACGUUAUUUUGCUAUGAGCUCAAUACUGAGCAUAAGUAUGCUGAUACUCUUUGUGAAGUACUUCCUCACCUCAUGGAAUGCAACCGCAAUAGCGCAGCUGAUAGCACUGAGUGCCACUGUUUUAAUUGAGAUUACCAUACGACUCUACCUCGCGCCGCCAAUGCUGCGACUCAUGCACGAGAAAUAUCGCCUUGAAGGUGCUGUCGGCAGUGGGCGGGAGGUGGGCUCACUGGAGCAAGGCGAUCUCAUUCAGUGCCCGCACUACCAAAGAAUUCAUAAAACGUUUCGUCGCAUCCACAUGACGAUUGCCAUGGGCAAUAUGUCCGUAUUGUUAGCCACAUGCCUUCACUUGUAUUUUCUCGCAUCGAAAAUACAAAUUAGUUAAGGUUGUUAAGUGGAUACAUGCAUUUGAUAUUAUCCCAAUAACUGGAAGUGACAACGGUUCAAGCAACUCAAUACCAUUUAUAACCGUAUUUUGAUUGAGUUGCAACAAUUUGUGGCAGCUACCAGACCACCGACGUACUGGGUUAUGUAUGCGGAUGUGACAGUAUCCAACUAUAUACCAAAAAAAUUAUUGCAUUUGUAUAAUAUAAGAAAUUAUUAAUAUAACAUAAGUAUGUAUUCUUGAUGGUAUUGUAACGCACAGUCGUAUUAGUAUAAGUUAUUUUCCCCUCGGUAAAAAUCAUAUUCUCAUCAUUCAAAAAUAUAUUCGAUAAGUUGCAUUUGAAUUAAGUAUGCGAAUAAUAAGAAGAAUUCAUAAUUAUAAACUGUGAUACGCAUAAAACAUACAAAUAACCAACCACGCCAUCCCAAACCCCAUGACCCCACUCAUAUAAGUCAGUAUACACCCGAUAGAUAAUACCCAAACAAGCAUACAAUAAUAAACACAUCAGAUCCAGCCCAUUUAACCAUGAAACCAAAUUAGACAAUUUUUUCUCAUGUUCACGAUUGAAUGAAUGCUUACUAAUAUUAUCUAGGAUGAGUGCGUAUA